AAAAAGGCAUAUCAACAUCGGAAUAAAGUCCAUUUUUUUUAGAUCAAAGGCAUGUUUUUAAAGAAAAUAUGUAGUCCUCUUGAGUUGAGUCUUGAGAAACGAAAGAUAUCUUUUUCAAGUGUAAUACUGAAUUUGAAGCCGUUCUUCGUUGAACUUUGACUUUUACAUCGUAAUGAGGACUUUUUAAAAAAUAAUUCAAUUCCUAUGGUAUUACAGGCGUACCCAUAGUUGUUACGUUUAAUUGGUGUGAAGAUUACAAGGGGCAAAUUGGGUGAUGCCCCUUUAAAAAUGUGACGUCUCGUUGAGAAUGCAAAUUGCUUAUUUAUUUGUUUGUUUGCUUGAAUGCUCGCGCACGCGCCCUGCCGAGGGCGCGGUGGAAGACGGAAAAGUCGAGGAGAAAAAGCGAAACCAUCCCGGCUCCUUCGUCGACGACUCACCCUGCCAGGACAAAAAGUGCUUCGAAUUAACGCUCGCGCAGCGCGGACGCUCACAAGCUCCGUUGGGGAGUCACAUUUGGGAGAGGAUGAAGCCCACCGAGAUGACGCAAGACGGUGGGGGCGUGCCAGUGGGGAAAAGACUCCGCUUUCAACGUCCAUAUGCCUCGGUUCCGCAAUUUACCAACUCACCCACCAUGAUAGUUAUGGUGGGACUGCCCGCCCGAGGCAAAACGUACAUCUCCAAGAAACUUACCCGGUACCUCAACUGGAUUGGCGUCACAACCAAAGUGUUCAACGUGGGGCAGUACCGUCGGGACGCGACGCGUGCCUACAACAGCUUCGAGUUCUUCAAACCUGACAAUGCCGAGGCCAUGAAAAUCCGGAAGGCGUGCGCCAUCGCUGCGCUCAAGGACGUGUGGGAGUACUUCACCAGCGAGCAGGGCCAAGUGGUGGUUUUCGAUGCCACCAACACAACGCCACAACGCCGAGAGCUCAUUCUCAGCUUUGCUAAGGAAAACAGCUACAAGGUUUUCUUUGUGGAAUCCAUCUGUGAUGAUCCAGAGAUCAUUGCUGAAAAUAUUAAGCAAGUGAAGCUAAGCAGUCCCGAUUACAUCGAUUGUGACAAGGACGAGGCUGUAGCUGAUUUUCUGAAGAGGAUUGAAUGUUACAAGUUAACGUAUGUGGCGCUGGACGAUAACAAGGACAGAAACUUGUCCUACAUCAAGAUCUUCAACGUGGGCAGCAGAUACCUGGUGAACCACGUGCAGGACCACAUCCAGAGUAGAAUCGUUUACUACCUCAUGAACAUCCACGUCACGCCGCGCUCCAUCUACCUGUGUCGCCACGGCGAGAGUGAGCUUAACCUGGUGGGCCGCAUCGGAGGGGACUCAGGCUUGUCGGCUCGCGGCGCCAAGUUUGCCAGCGCUUUGCAAACCUACGUGCGCAAGCAGAGCAUCAGUGAGCUAAAGGUGUGGACCAGCCACAUGAAGAGGACCAUCCAGACGGCUGAAGCUCUGGGUGUCGCGUACGAACAGUGGAAGGCUCUCAAUGAGAUUGACGCUGGCGUAUGUGAGGAGAUGUCCUAUGAAGAAAUUCAGGAGAAUUAUCCUGAAGAAUUUGCACUGCGAGACCAAGACAAGUAUCGCUACCGCUAUCCAAAGGGAGAGUCUUACGAGGACCUGGUCCAGCGUCUGGAGCCCGUCAUCAUGGAGCUGGAGAGGCAGGAGAACGUGUUGGUCAUCUGCCACCAGGCUGUCAUGAGAUGUUUGCUGGCGUACUUCCUGGACAAAAGUGCAGUGGAACUGCCCUACCUCAAGUGUCCCCUUCACACGGUCCUCAAACUCACCCCAGUUGCCUACGGAUGUAAAGUGGAGUCGGUCUUCUUGAACAUCGAGGCUGUAAACACACACCGUGAUAAACCUGAGAACGUGGACGUGGAUAGAGAACCAGAAGAGGCGCUGGAGACUGUCCCGGCACACAUCUAGACCACCAGACAAAAAACAAAAACAAAAAAAACCCACCAAGGAGCAGGUAUGAUUCCUCAGACUAUGUGUGGAAGCGAUUACGUUUUAAUCAAAAUCUUAUCAGGUGUUUUGAUGGAAAGUCAUGGGCCAACAGAACAUUUACAAGAAACAUACAUUUGAGAAUUUACUUUUGCAAACAAAUAAUUUUUUUCUGCAUUUGCUGCCCACCCAUCAAAUGAGAUGGAUGGGCAGCAUACACAACUAAGUAAACGUUGUCAUCUGCCUCUUUCUGAAAUUGUGUCAUUCUGCACUUCUGUUAACAUGAUAACAGAAGCAAACAUUUAUAAUGUAAGAUCACGCUAAUCUGUGCUAACACUGCUGCUCUACUUACCGCUAAAAAGUAGGGAAAUCUAUCUUAUCAGCCGAGUUGUGGUUGGUGAAACUUGGUGAGGGUAGAGCUGGGUCAUUGCGAUGAAGCCAGGGCUUCAUCAUUCAUCAUUUAUUUCUGUGUAUUUCGUAACUUUUCUGACACCUCGAGUGCCUAUUAAAAAAUAAAGUGAAUGAAAAUAAUCUGCAUUUGGAGACAGAGGAGUACAUGUUCACCUCUGUGACAGUUUCAAAAGUCAUUAUUGGCCACUUUAACCACAGACACUCCAUUAAUUAAAUGGCCAUUUGGAUUUUAUUGUAUUUUGCCCAUAAAGGAUUGUAAUUCAUUGCAAUUAGUGCUGUGGAUUCACCAAUUAGAGGAUAUGCUGGUUUUGGAAUCCAAUGCCACUGCAGGUCCGCUUACCUUUUGGUGUAGACAUGAUAUUGCUUUGGAGUUUGUGUGGUUU